AUGCCAAACAACAGGCCAGACAACAGAACUAGCCCGUCGGACAUUCACAGCCAGCCUGAUCUUCGGCCGCCGGAACCACCGCCGCCACAGUCAUCUUCAUCUUUGAUAUCCAGUUCCAACUCGGUGGCCGAUCUAGGCGCGUACUGUGGCGUGCCUCAGACGCUGCUUUGGGAGCUGGUUGAGAUCUACUUUACGCACAUGUACAAUGCCAGCCUGCUGCUGCACAAGGACACCUUUGUCCACAGCCUGCGUGCCGGCACCGUGACGCCUCACGUGCUGCUGAGUGUCUGUGCCUGCGCAUCCAAACAUCCGCUGACGAAAAAAAGAUUCUACAAAGACGAGUCCGGCAACUACUCCCUGGUCAAGCCGGGCUUCGGCCACGAAUGGGCCACCCGCGCCGGGAGUCUUGUUUUUGCCGAACUGGUUGACCCUAGUGAGGAGAACAUUGUCACAUUUAUCAACCUCUCGCUCUACUGGUACUCUGUCGGCGAAUGGCGCCGAUGCUACCUCUUGAAGUGGAAUGCUAUCCUCAUCUCAUACAACCUCAACAUCACGUCGGCUGCUCGCGAUGACGCUGCUCGUGACGAGGCUCAGCCGGCCAUGCUGGCUGUCGAGAUGAGUCGUCGACGCUUCUGGUCCUCCUACUUGUCCAUGAACUUUGGCUCCCGCGUUGAGUUUUCGACUGGCAACUACUCGACCGCCUUUGCCAAGGUCCCAUUGCCAUGCGCUGAUGCUUUUUUUGCAUCCGGCAUGAAGGACCUGGAUAAAAAGGGAGACGGUAGUGUCUUUGCAGAGCUGGUCCGUGGCCUUACUCUUUGGUACGUCAAGACGCGACAGAGAAGGAGGAGGAGAACAUAG